ACGGCGGCAAUUUAAACACCAACAGCGGUGACAACAUUAACAAUAGCAAGAACAAUAAAAAAGACAUCUACUGUGUAAACAAAAUUCUCGACAAGGCGGGUCAGCUUCUCAACCAUGUAGAUGGGAUUCUCAAUUUGAUGGACCAAUACUUCGACACAAAAAAAAAUCAAUAUCUAGGCAUGGCAUAUCAACGUCUUGACAAGACAGAAGAACAUAUCUAUACUAUACUUCAAUAUCUCAACGAAACAAAUCAAUGUUUUUUUAACAUUAUAUGUCAAAAUCAACAUAUCAACUUAACAAAAAAUCAAAAUCAAAGUCAAAAUAUCGACUUGACAAAAAAUCAAAAUAAUAACGUGAACGAAAAUCAAUGUCUAGACAUGACAGAAAGUCAACAUCUCAGUCAAUAUCUCAGUCAAUAUCUCAACAUGACAGAAGUUCGAUAUAACAAUAUGAUGAAUCAAUUUUUCGACAUAGUAAAUCGAUUUUUAAAUAUAAAAGAUAAAUAUGAAUAUGUAAUGGAGAUCCAUGGUCCGGUUCUUAAGGUUUACCGCCAAGAAGACUUCUUUAAUGUUUUUUGGGGAACCGAAGUUACCAUUGACGACCAAGAUGAAUUACUGUAUUUAAAAGAAAACAUCUAG